UAUUGUUUUUUCCUCAAUUCGGUUUUAAAAUGCAGACUAGUAAAUUCUCGCAGACCGUUAGUAACUCGCUGCGUUUGAUGGGACUGGGCGUGGCAGUGGGCGUGGCCGCCUGCGGAUUGGCCGCCCUCAGAUUGCCCAACGCCUCCGGCCGGAUUGGUCAGCUGUGGAAAUCGGCCUUCGGAAAUAUCGGCACCAGGCGCUUUUACAGCGGCGGCUUUCAGGAGCGGAUGACGCCUCGGGAGGCGUCACAAAUUCUGGGCACUAGCCUGAGCGCCCCGUGGAGUCGAAUUCGGGAGGCCCACCGCCGGGUGAUCCUGGCCAAUCAUCCGGAUCGCAACGGCUCACCAUAUCUGGCGGCCAAGAUCAACGAGGCAAAGCAUGUACUUUUAGAAAGAAAGAAUCGAUCCAGAUAGUAAACGAUUCGGGAGCAGGGGGAUAUAUGACAGCCGGUCGACUGGAACUUCGAUGAAAACUAAAAUCGUGACUAACGAAA